CAACUCUGCAACAGGAGUCACUGCCAGCUGUGGGACCUAUAGUCAAGUCAACUUCUAGACUUUGAUUUGGAUGAAUAAAAGGCCACAAUGGGGGGAUUGGCUAGUACAGAAAAGCAGACCGAACCUUCUGCUUGUAACUUGCUCACUGUGAAAGUCAUAAGAAUGAAAAAUGCACGGAAGGCAGACCUGUUGACUCAGUCUGAUUGCUAUGUGACCCUCUACCUUCCAACUGCUUCAGUCCAUAAGGUCCGAACCAAAACUGUUAACAACACCAAAGACCCACUGUGGAAUGAAACCUUCCACUUCAGGAUUCAGAGUCAGGUCAAGAACAUUCUGGAGCUAAAAGUCUGCGAUGAAGACAGUUUAACUCAAGAUGACCAUCUCCUCACUGUUUUCUUUGAUGUGUCUAAAAUCCAACUUGGAGAAACAGUUCGGCUGAACUUUCAGCUGAAUCCCAAGGGAAAGGAGGAGCUAGAGGUCGAGUUUACAAAGGAAAGCAGCCCUGAUCUUCCUGAAAACAUCGCUACGAAUGGUGUAUUAGUGGCUCGUGAAGUUUCCUGCUUGGAGGCUCAGGUCAAUGGGGGAAGGGUGAGAAAGGAUUCUACAGAUAGAAAAUUUGCAUUUAUGUUGGAAGGAUCUUAUGAAGGAGCCCAGAACCUUUCACUGAACUCUUGGCUUUUCCCUGCUACUCCUGCAAGAUUCCACUAUAUAAAGUAUAACCACUCAGACUUAAAUGUAACAAUACCACAGAGGAGGCAGCUCAGCAGGUCAUCAUCAAAUCAAGGGGAAAGGAAUGAAAACGAGUUUCUGACCCUACCCCUGAAUUCACUUCCCAUACAAGAAAAAGUAACAAUAGGAGAGAACAGAACAUUUGACCUGCAUGUGAAGGCAAAUGAAUGGACUGAGGGUCUGUGUAGGAGACCAAAAAAUUUAGAUGUGCGCCUGGGGUUUGACCUGUGCCCAGAGGAACAGAAUUUCCUGAAAAAUCGGAAGCAGGUGGUUGCUGCUGGUAUAAAGAAGGUUCUUCAUCUAGAUGAGGAUCUGCAGGAUCAUGAGGUACCAGUGGUGGCUGUGACAACCACUGGGGUUGGCAUAAGAGCUUUGACAGGCAUGUAUGGCAGCAUCUGGGGUCUUCAGAAGCUGAAUCUUCUGGACUGUAUUUCUUACAUCACUGGCUCAUCUGGCACAACAUGGACCAUGACCAAAUUAUAUGAGGAUGCUGACUGGUCACAGAAGGAUCUAGGGGAGAUUAUCAGUGAAGCCCGGAAGCAAGCAACCAAAUGCAAAAGGAAUGCUUUUUCCUUGCAAAAUCUGAAGAAUUAUUACAGGGAGCUGAGUGAACGGACAGCAGCAGGACAUAAAACAUCUUUUAUCGAUCUGUGGGGACUCAUGAUUGAAGCCAUGUUACAGGAUGGGAAAGAUCACCAUAGACUCUCAGAUCAGAAAAAGGCAGUGAAUCUUGGGCAGAACCCACUACCCAUCUACCUGGCGCUCAACGUGAAGGACAAAAUCACCACUAAAGAAUUUAGAGAAUGGGUGGAGUUCACCCCUUAUGAGGUGGGAUUCCUGAAAUAUGGAGCCUUCAUUCGUGCCGAGGAUUUUGGAAGCGAGUUUUACAUGGGCCGGCUGAUGAAGAGGAUCCCAGAAUCCCGGAUAUGCUUCAUGCAAGGAAUGUGGAGUAGCAUAUUUUCUAAGAAUCUCCUGGAUGCCUGGCAUGCAGCUGACAAUUCAGAGGACUUUUGGCAUAGAUGGACCCAAGCUACAGUGACUGAAAUUGAGGAGGAACCUAAUCUACCUGAGAGGCCACAUGAGAUGGCUACUCGCAUGUUCACUCCUGCAAGUGGCCUUUCCAACGCUCUUCGAGAUGUUUUGACAGACCGCCCAGCAGUAUCAAAGUAUCACAAUUUCCUAAGCGGUUUUCAGAUGCACAAUGAAUAUACACAGAAUGAGCACUUUUCUAAAUGGAAAGAUACUCAGCUAGAUAGUUCUCCUAAUCAACUGAGAGACACUGCAGAGCACCUGGAGAUGGCAGAUACUGCAUUUUUCUAUGAUACCAGUUGCCCACCACUUAUGAAGCCAGAGAGGAAAGUGGAUGUUAUCUUGCAUUUAAACUACAGUGGAGGAUCGCAGGCAUUGCCUUUGGAACAUGCCUCUAGGUAUUUCUCAGAGCAGGGAAUCCCAUUUCCUAAAACUGUGCUGAAUGAGGAAGAAAAGACUAAUCUAAAGGAGUGUUACAUUUUUGAAGAUGAAGCGACCCCAGGAGCUCCUAUUGUACUUUAUUUCCCUCUUGUGAAUGACAGCUUUCAAAGAUUCAUAGCUCCUGGUGUACCACGCAGUGCAUCAGAAAUGGAAAUGGGCAAAGUUGAUGUCUCUGGUUUCCUUUCCCCAUACUCUACAAGGGAGGUCACACUGAAAGCAGAGGAUUUCAACAAGCUUCUGAAACUGACUAAUUACAACAUCCUGAAUAAUGAAAACUUGAUUCUUCAGGCCUUGCGCGCAGCAGUGGCACGCAAGAGACAAACUCAGAGCCAGUUACCAUCUGAAGAACAAUUAUCAUCCUAAAUACUUUUUCUGUAGUUUGUGUCAUUCUUCAAGAUGUGAUGUGACUGCAGUUGUAUGAAUUAACCAGUAUUAUACAUGGUACAUGAGAAGCUUUUUACCAGCUUACUCCGAUUAAGCAGCCAUCUCAGUA